AUGCGUGUUACCUUCUUUGCUGUACUCUUUGCUUCGGCCGCGCUCUUGGGAUCCGCUGCCCCAGUUCCAGAACCUAGCUUAACCCGCGCCCAGCUUCAAGCCCAUCACCAAGCAGCGGCAGACCACCAUUUGACCCAGGCAGAACACCACCUUAAUCGUGCAGAGACACAUUCUAAUCAUGCGGAUGCAGCACACCAGAGUGGUAACCACCAAGCCGCUGCGGCGCACGAGGCCCAUUACCGUCACCAUAUAGCGCUAUUUGACCAUCAUACCGCUCAACACGAACACCAUCAAGCUCAGGCUGACCACCUUGCUCAGCGUCGUAGUGUUCAAAGCAUAGACGAGUUGGAUUAG